CACAUUGCAUGGAGUUGUGAGCUCUUUGCAUGGCUACUACUACUCCUCUGCUCCUCCUUCUCCUCCUCUCCACGCCGGCGAUGUGCUUAGAGCCACAGUGCACUACUCCGACGAAGGAUCCCGGCCACCUUGGUAAGCCGUCGCAGGCAGGCAGCUACUUUGUCCCAUCGCCGUCCUUCGUCUCCACCCUCAAGUCUACACUUGAACAGCUUAGUAAAUUGACCUCGCUAGUCUCCUCCUUCUCCCGCCACGUAGGCGGCGGCCGUCUCUCCUUCGCAGUUGACGACUGCCUCGACCUGCUCGACCUCUCAUUCGACGAGCUCACCUGGGCCCUCUCUGUCGGCGGCAAGGGAAAGCCUUCCGACCUCCAUUCCUGGAUGAGCGCUGCCCUCGGCAACCAGGACACCUGCAAGGAAAGCCUCUCCGAUGCCGGCGCCGGCCGAUUCAUCGCGAAGCUCGUCUUCAGUGGGCUCGACAGAGUCACGUCCCUCGUCUCCGACGGCCUCCGUGAGAUCGCUGGCGCCGGAGGAAAACAGAGGAGGCUGAUGGGACCCGGUAUCCCGGAUUGGGUAUCGGCGCAGGACGGGAGACUGCUUCUGGCUGGUCAGCGACAGGCGGCCGAUGUGGUGGUGGCGAAGGACGGGACAGGGAACUACACGACGGUGGCGGCAGCGGUGGAGGCGGCGCCGACGGAGAGCGGAAGGAGGUACGUGAUAUAUGUGACGAAGGGGGUUUAUAGGGAGAACGUGGAGAUUAAGAAGGGGAAGUGGAAUCUGAUGCUGAUCGGCGACGGCAUGGGGCAGACCGUGAUCUCCAGCAACCGGAGCUUCGUCGACGGCUGGACCACCUACAGGAGCGCCACCUUGGCGGUGACCGGAAAGGGGUUCAUCUGCCGGGACCUGACGGUGGAGAACACCGCCGGCCCGGUGAAGCACCAGGCCGUGGCUCUCCGCUCCGACUCCGAUCUCUCUGUUUUCUACGGCUGCGAGUUCGCCGGCUACCAAGACACCCUCUACGCCCACUCCCUCCGCCAGUUCUUCCGCGACUGCUAUAUCUCCGGCAGCGUCGAUUUCAUCUUCGGCAACGCCGCCGCCGUCUUCCAAAACUCCCAAAUUCUAUCCCGGCGGCCGCUGCAGGAGCAGAAGAACACGAUCACCGCCCAAGGCCGGAAGGACCCCAACCAGAACACUGGCUUCUCCUUCCACCUAUGCAACGUCUCCGCCGCCGCUGACCUCGUCUGGGCAGGGACCAACUCGACGGCGACGUACUUGGGAAGGCCGUGGAAGCAGUACUCCCGGGCCGUGUUCAUGGAGUCGAACAUUGGGCCGGUGAUACGGGAGGAGGGGUGGCUGCCGUGGGCCGGCGACUUCGCGAUCGAGACGUUGUUCUACGGCGAAUACAUGAACACCGGGCCAGGGUCGGGGUUGGCAGGCCGAGUCAAAUGGCCGGGUUUCCACGCGAUGCGCGACAAGGUUGAGGCGGCGAACUUCACCGUGGCGGAGUUCAUCGACGGCAACUUGUGGAUACCGGCGACAGGAGUCAAGUACACCGCCGGUUUGACUGUUUAAAUAUUUACAGUGACACGUGUGAUUUGCCUAAUUAAGCUAAAUUUUCACGCGGACUUGUGAAAA